AUGGUGACUCGUAAGAGUGUGAAGUCAGCUCUCCGUGCCCAUCACAUGCCGUCCUAUUUACGCCAUGUUGAAGGUACAUUUCAAAACCGACGUGGCCAAAAUUUGUCUUAUUUGGCUCUUUUUCCAUCUGUUGAGACGCCACUACGUGGUAUUGUGCUCUACUUGCAUGGAAUUGGUGACCACAGUCGUCGCUAUUUUUAUCUCUAUGAACGUCUUUGCAAUAGUAACUUUGGUGUUUUAGCCUAUGACAUGUUGAGUCAUGGAAUGAGUGACUUGGAUUUUCAUGGAUUAAGGGCCCAUAGUGCCAAAUUCCAGUACUUUAUCGAUGAUACGAACGAGUUUAUCACCAUGGCUAAGAUGCAAUUGUACGAACAAUUGGAAAUUACCUAUUCUACUGAUGAACCUAAACUGAUUAUAUCGGGCAUGUCGUACGGCACAUUGGUGAGUCUUCACACCAUAUUGAGUGGGAAACAUGACUUUAGCGGUGUCGUACUUGUUGCUCCAGCCUUGUUGGCCGAAAUGACAAUCAUGUUAAAAGUGCAAGCGUUCUUUGCUUGGCCGUUAAGUAAACUCAUCCCGAAAGCAAGAAUCGUGCCAGGAGUUAAUCGCGACUAUGUAUGCAGAGACCAGGACUAUCUCGAUGACUUUAUGGCGGACCCGUUAACAGUCUCGGAGCCAAUAACUGCGAGAAUGGGAGCGGAGACGUUGAAGGCUAUGAGAGCUUUGGAAGUGGACAAGAGAGUGGAAGACAAAGAUAGUGCGCUGUGUAAGCUGCCUUUGUUGAUGAUGAUGGGGUCGAACGAUAAAGUGACGAGUUUAGAGCUUGCCCAGGUGUUUUACGAACGACUUGCGGCGAGUGAAAAGGAGUUUAAAAUUUUUGACGAAUACUUCCACGCACUUUUUGAUGAUCCGGAGCAUGAGGCAGUCUUUAGCCAUCUAGAGGAUUGGCUCAAGACAAAGUUUCCACUUCGAAAAGGAGCUAGUAAGGAUGACACUAUCGACGUGAGAGAGACCGUGAAGACCAAAGCCGAGGUAGAGAAGGAUGAAACAAAGGCGGGGGCUGCAGAGGCUUCGACAACCGUGAAAGAAAAGAAAGAGGACAAGACUUGUGUAAUGGAAGUGACUGAUGAUAUUGUCGCUGCCUUUAACACGUCUUCAAUAACAGAUGAAAACAAGGCUGAAGUUGUUGAGACUAUAGAAGUACGUAAAGAGAGACACAAGGCUGAGGUUCCCAAGACGGUCGUCGUAGCUUCAGCAGAAACGCAGGUCGAAGGGAUCCAUCCGAUCGCUCCAAUAACGGACGAAAGAAAGGUUGAAACUGUUGAAGUUGUUGAGAAACCCGUCGAAGCCCAGUCGUCACAGCAUCGGAGGAACUCAAGCUUGGGGUCAUUCACGGAGAAACCGAACGCUUAG